AUGAACGGAACAACCAGUAAUACAACAGUUCCUCCCAAAACUGCUUCUGUUACCACGAACGGACACUCUGAGAAGAAGUAUCGUCCUUGGAAUGAUUUCCGUAGUGAUACAUUUACAGUUCCUUCGGACGAAAUGCGCCAAGUCAUGUACGAAGCCACCGAUGGUGACGCCGUGUAUGAAGAAGAUGAGGACACUAUAAAAUUAGAAGAGUACGUUGCUAAACUGAGCGGAAAAGAAGCUGGUUUGUUUGUCACUUCUGGUACUCAAGGAAACCAACUAUGUAUCCGUACUCAUCUUCAUCAACCUCCUCACAGUAUCGUUUGUGACGACCGUGCUCAUAUUUACAACUGGGAAGCUGGUGCUAUUGGACUUUUCACUCAAUCCAUUGUACGUCCUGUAGCUCCUAAGAACGGAAAGUACAUAACUGCCGAAGAAGUCGAGAGCAAAUUAAUCAUCGGAGAAGAUAUUCACUUUGCUCCUACUAGAUUGAUUUGCUUGGAAAACACGAUUAAGGGCUCCGUAAUUCCAAUCGAAGAAAUUGCUCGUAUUUCUGCUCUUGCAAAAUCCUACAACAUUCCCCUUCACUGUGAUGGUGCUCGUCUCUGGGAUGCCUCCGCUGCCUCCGGUGUCUCCAUUGAAGAAUACUGUUCUUAUUUCGACACCGUCAGUCUUUGCUUGAGCAAGGGUCUCGGUGCCCCCAUCGGCAGUGUAAUUGUUGGACCUAAGGACGUCAUUAACAAGGCUACGUGGUUUCGUAAAGCCUAUGGUGGUGGUAUGCGUCAGUCUGGUAUGUUGGCCGCUGCUGGUUUGCACUCUAUUGAACGCAAUUUCCCCUUGCUCACUCGCGUUCAUAAAUACUGUCAAGAUUUCACCAAGUACGCCGAGUCAUUGGGAGUUGAGUUUGAAGUUACUCCUGAAACCAGCAUUGCUAUCCUUACCAAUGUAAACGUGGCUAUUCUUGUUGACGAAGCCAAAAAGGCCGGUAUCGUUCUAAUGGGACCUCGUGUCGUUUUCCAUAUUCAAAUCACCGCCGAUGCUGUCGACAUGUUGAAGCAUGCGUUGAAACGAACCGUUGAGCGCCAAGAAUUGGAGCCUGAUGUCGUUGCUAAACCCGGUGAAUUUAAGGUUGGUUAUUAA